AUGGAGAGCACAAUAGAGGCUGACGCGAUUGCCAUUGUGGGACUCGCCACUCGUUUCCCUCAAGACUGCACAAGUUCUGAAGAGCUCUGGAAAUUCCUUGUGAACGGAAGGAAUGCUCACACGCCUUUUCCAGAAGAUCGCCUCGGAUCCGGCCAUUAUCAUCCAGAUUCUGAGCAUGGCGGUACUCAUGCUGUCCUUGGUUCGUCCCAUUUUCUCUCCGAGGAUCCGGCCUAUUUUGAUGCGCCGUUCUUCUCCAUCACGAAAGGAGAAGCAUUGUCGCUGGACCCACAACAGCGACUGGUCCUCGAAAAUGUGUAUCUGGCGCUUGAGAAUUCCGGCUACUCGUUGGACAAGGUCGCAGGAAGCAACACAAGUGUCUUCGUGUCCGGCUUCAAUCAUGAUCACUACGCACUCCUCAACAUGGAUCCAGAGGCAGCCCUACGGUAUAAAGCCACGGGAACGACCAACUCAAUGAACAGCAAUCGGGUGUCCUGGUUCUUCGAUCUGAAAGGCGCAAGCGCUACCGUCGAUACAGCCUGUUCCAGCUCCAUGGUGGCUCUACAUCUCGGAUGCCAAGGCCUACGGACAGGAGAAACAGAGAUGUCCGUGGUGUCCGGCGUGACAGUCAUCAGCUAUCCCGGAGACACUACUUCCAUGUCUCAUGUUGGCUUUCUCGGUCCCACCGGCAAGUGCUUCAGUUUCGAUCAUCGUGCUGAGGGCUAUGGCCGCGGCGAAGGUGUCGGCACUGUCAUCCUGAAACGAGUGAGAGAUGCGGUGCGUGAUGGUGACACCAUUCGGGCCGUGAUUCGUGGUACCUGUAUCAAUCAGGAUGGCAGAACUCCAGGAUUGACUCUUCCGGACAGCGGCGCCCAGGAGCGUUUGAUCAAGAAAGUGUACGCAUCAGCUGGCAUAGGGUUUGACCAGACCGCAUAUGUUGAGGCACAUGGUACAGGCACGGCCGCUGGAGACCCCAUUGAGGCCAACGGCAUAGCUCGUGGAUUUUCUGGUCGGAAGAACGAUGUACCACUCUAUGUGGGAACGAUCAAAGCAUCCACCGGCCAUUUGGAGGGCGCGGCGGGCGUGGCUGGAGUCAUAAAGUCGAUCUUGAUGCUUGAAAGUGGAAUCAUCCCGCCUCAAGCCACCUUUGAGAAGGUGAACCCGAAGAUACCAGCCAAGAAAUGGCGCCUUGUCUUCCCGACCGAGGCGACAAGCUGGCCGCACAAUGGCCUGCGGAGAAUCUCGAUCAACUCUUUUGGAGUCGGAGGAACCAAUGCGCACACCAUCCUAGAUGAUGCGUACAACUACCUUCAGCAGCGUGGCUUAUCAGCUCGACACCACACAGCACCCAACAGGCCGACACAGGCAGAAGUUGACAGACUUUGUGGCCGAGUCGAGGACGUCCCCGUAAAUGGGCAUGCCAACGGAGUGUCCAAUGGCACCAGCAAUGACAGCGCAAGCAAUACGCACAUUGAAAGCGGCUGGGCUCAAUUUGGGCAGAUCGUACCACCUCCACAGAUCAUUCCGAUGUCGUCGUUCGAUGAGGAUGGCAUUCAACGGGCAGCAAAAGUGUACAGUGCCUUCAUCGAUUACAAGACCUUCGCCACUCCUGGCAUGGAGUCGAGAUUUGCCCAGAACUUCGCCCACACAGUUUCCAAAAGAUCUCAUCUCAACUGGCGAAGCCACAUCUUGGGAAGCACAGCACCGAAGCUGGCAAAGUCUCUCUCUUCUUCAUUGCCAAAACCAACACGGGCCAGAGGAAAUGUCAAUGUUGCCUGGGUCUUCACAGGACAAUCGGCGCAGUGGUACGGCAUGGCUCGAGAACUGCUGUGCUAUCCAGUAUUUCGAACGAGUCUCCAAGAAGCUUCUGCAUACUUUGAGUCUCUUGGAUCAUCGUGGUCGCUGCUGGACGAGCUCGCCAAGAACAAGGACGAGAGCAAUGUGAACGAGCCCUGGUUGGCUCAGCCCGCUUGCACCGCCAUACAGAUCGCUCUGGCUGAUCUAUUGCUGUCCUGGAACGUCAAGCCAACGCGGGUCGUUGGACAUAGCUCGGGUGAGAUCGCCGCUGCCCUGGUCGCGGGCAAAUUGGAUCGACAAAGCGCACUUCGAGCCGCAUACUUUCGAGGCGUCGUUUCAAGCAAGCAGACCAGCAAGAAAGGAGCGAUGCUUGCAGCUGGAUCAUCCGAAGCCGAGCUACGACCAUAUCUCGAGGGUAUCAACAGCAGCCAUCCAGGCGCCUUGACGAUCGCGUGCAUCAACAGCUUCAAGAAUUGCACCAUCUCCGGCGACGAGGACCAGGUCAACGCUCUCCGAGACGUACUUGAUGGCGACGCCAUAUUUGCGAGGAAGCUCAACGUCAAGAAAGCCUACCACAGUUCUCACAUGGAAGAGCUUUCGGCCGAGUAUUUGGACUUGUUAGGAGACUUGACAGCGCCGGCUGUUUCUCCCUACGGCAAGGUCCACAUGUUCUCUACCGUCACAGGGAGCCUUGUAGAAGACAACGUUCUCGGAUCGGAGUACUGGGUCAAAAACCUCGUCUCGCCUGUCAAAUUCUCCCAAGGAAUGGCGGCUGUGGUCUUCGCUCGAACCGAGAAAGGUCAAGCUUCACUCCGGGCAGAAAGCAACGCCGCAAACGUAUUCGCCGAUGUCGUCCUCGAGCUAGGACCGCACGGAGCGCUACAGAGUGCCAUCAAAGACACCCUCUCCACCCGUGCGGAGGCUUCGGCAGUUACCUCAUUUCCCACGCUGAACAGAUCCCAGCCUGGUCCAGAAACAAUCCUGCAUGCAAUGGGACAUCUCUGGUGCCGAGGCUACGCCAUAGACGUCGAUCAGAUCAAUCGAAGCUCAGACAUAGCGCAUCUCGCCAACGAUCCCGAACGCCUCGUGGAGCUCCCAGGCUAUGCCUUCAACCACUCGCAGAGAUUCUGGUUCGAGAGCAGACUAGCACGAAACUAUCGUCUGCGCAAAGAACCUCGCCACGAUUUAUUUGGAGCGCCUGUGCCCGACUGGGACGUCGAGAGUCCGCGCUGGAGGAACAUCAUCCGACUGUCCGAGCAGCCAUGGAUUCGAGACCAUGCGGUGACCAAUUCGAUCAUCUAUCCUGGCGUGGGUUAUAUCAUAAUGGCGAUAGAAGCUGCUCGGCGAAUCGCCGAUCCGGCACUGAAGAUUGUCGGGUUUCGGGUCAAGGACGUUGCCUUGAAGAGAGCAUUGGUCAUUCCGGAUACCAAAGAUGGGAUUGAGACGGCCAUUACGAUGCCGCGCGACCACGAGUCGAGUCUUGCGUCUUCUACCAUCUGGCGGAGAUUCUCGGUCACCUCAUUCAAUCCUCUGGGAGAUGAAUGGGUGGAGCACUGCACCGGGUGCAUCAGCACAGAGUACGAUGUCGCCACCGGUCCUGUCGACAACGGUCGUGAGGUGCAAGCUGAAGCUGAGAGGUGGCGGAAGUCAUUGCAGGACGCUGAACACCAAGCGACAGAGAAUUGGGACAUCUCUCAAGCAUACGAGAGCAUGGCCGCCGUCGGUCUCAAAUUUGGACCGCUGUUCCGCAACGGCUCAGCUUGCAGAGCUUCGCACGCAGGACCAGUCCUGGGCACAAUCACCAUUCCCAACGUUGCUCAAGCCAUGCCCAAGGGCCACCUCUCUCCACAUUUGAUUCAUCCUGCGACAAUGGACAGCAUGAUGCACAUCGCGCUGGGCGCCACCAUGAACCUCUCGGGAUCGAUGAAGCUGGAUGCUGCUGUGGUGCCGACCUUCAUCAAGGACAUCUGGGUCUCGGCGAACCUGACAUCCGAUCCGGGACAUCGCUUCAGAGUGCAAGGUCGAUCCCACUUGAUGGCUUUUGAAAAGUACACGAGCGAUGUGCGAGUUUGGGACGAGUCUGGAGAGGGUUGUAUCUCCAUUGAAGGCAUCCAGACCACUCCCCUAGACUACGCCAGUCAGGAUGCGAUUGCUUCUCGCAAAUUAUGCCAUGAGAUUGAAUGGGUGCCGUAUGUUGAGCAUCUUACCGCAGAGGACCUCAAGGCGAGCGACAGGCCCGCGAAGAAGGACGACUUGACAGCCAUCUGGGUCGAAAAGCUGCAGCUCGCAACGCUACUGCUUGUAACCGAUGCUCUUGAUGAACUGGACCAAACAGCACCGCCCACACUGGAAGGCCAUCUCCUGCGGUACUUCGAGUGGAUGAAGCAGCUGGAGGCCUGGAUGCACUCAGACAACGUCUCCGGCGUCUCGCUGGCAGAGUUCCAAAGGUACAAAACCGAUUUAGAGGCAAAGGCUGGGCUGUACAAGCAGAUUGAAGAGUACAAAGCCGACGGCAGACUGGCCGUGCGCAUGGGUUCCAACAUCGUCAAAGUUCUGAGGGGCGAGGUCGACCCAUUGGACUUGAUGUUCGGUCAGGACGAUAUUCUCGAUGAGUUCUACGCUGGACUGGUGGAUCUUGGCGAUCUUUCGUCGCAGCAAACCAAUUUCCUCCGUAUUCUUGCAGAGAACUCCACGAAUUUGCAAGUCUUGGAGGUCGGUGCCGGCACGGGGUCUUCCACGAAACCAGUGCUUGAGGCACUCGCACCGUUGAGCGAGCAAGGGCGACUCGGCAAAUCCAGCCUCGAGCGAUACACAUACACAGAUCUGUCGUCUGCUUUCUUCGAUAAAGCGAGGGAGAAAUUCAAGCCGCACGAGGGGUUGAUCGAGUACAAGGUCCUCAACGCCGAGAAAGAUGUCGCCCAACAGGGCUUCGAGCCAGAAAGCUAUGACUUGAUCAUCGCCCAAAACGUGAUUCAUGCGACAGCUGAUAUCCAGGCGACAUUGGCAAACCUGAGAACAUUGCUCAAGCCCGGUGGCCGUUUCCUCCUCCAGGAAAUCAUCCGAAGAGACUACUUCUGGUCACCCUUGGCUUUUGGUCAGCUGGCGGGCUGGUGGCUUGGUGUCGAGCCAAUGCGGCAGUGGGGUCCGCUGGUGACACCUGCUGAGUGGGAUUCUCUGUUCAAGGCGUCUGGCUACACUGGAGUAGAUUUAGAACUGGCGAGCAGCCAGGAUCCUGUGCUUCAUACCGGUAGUGUUCUGGUCUCGAGGUAUGAAGGACCGACAGCGACGCGGCAAAGCGAAUGGAGGGACAUAGUGCUAGUGUCACCUCGCGGACAGCUCAGCGAUGUCGCGAAGGCGCUUCAGUCAGAGUUACAGCGUCAUCUGCGCGUUUCUACUCCGUUGAUCGCCACUGUGGGCGAGCUCAAAGACACUGAUCUCACCGGAAAGCUGUGCAUUUCCGUCGCCGAACUCGAAGAUCCAGUGUUGGCAUCGUUGACGGCCGAGGAAUACGAAGGCGUGAACACGAUGCUCACUGUUUGCAAAGGCUUGCUCUGGAUCACUGGCGACCAGGAGCAACAUCCAGAAUUCGGCAUGGCAUUGGGACUUCUGCGCACACUGAGGUGGGAACGAGAUCUCGAUGAGGUGAAUCUGAUCACUUUGUCCAUUGCGGAUCCCCGACCGUCGCUGCAAAUCAUACUCGGAAUGGUGAUCAAGCUGACAAAAGAGCAAUUUUCUCCAUCGCUGCCAGCACAGAGAUACCACGGAGAGUAUGUCCUCAAAGACGGGCGUUUCCUGACAAGUCGCCUUCACACAGCGGAUGCAGCCGACGACUUCCUCGCUGGCAAGUUCAGCAAACCCAAGCCGGUCAUGAUGCCGUUGCGGGAUGCCGGUAGGCCGAUCAAACUAUCCACUGCUUCGCCUGGUCGACUAGACACCUUGGAGUGGGUGACUGACCCGGCUUACGACGAACCGCUGGCGGAAAAGACCGUGGAGAUAGAGAUCAAAGCAGCCCCUCUGAACUUUCGAGAUGUGAUGAUCGCAAUGGGAGAGCAUAUGGCGUACUCCAUGGGUUGCGAGGCAGCUGGAAUCGUCUCUCGCAUUGGCUCCGACGUCACAGACUUCAAAAUCGGUGAUCGCGUUGUCUACAUUGUCGAUUUCGGCGCGAUGGGAGGUUUUCACACUUACGGCAGAAGCGAGUCCUCUGUCGUGGCUAAAAUCCCCAACGAGAUGAGCUUCGAAGAGGCCGCCGGCCUGCCAGUGGUGUGGACGACUGUCCUGUACGGACUCAGAGACGUAGGCAGGUUGACCAAAGGAGAAAGUGUCUUAAUUCAUGCGGCAGCGGGCGGGGUCGGCCAGGCGGCAAUCAACUAUGCGAAGCAUAUUGGCGCCGAGGUAUUUGCGACGGUGUCAACUCCGCAGAAGCGUGAUCUUCUCGUGAAGGAAUUGGGCGUGCCCGAAGACCACAUAUUCUCCAGCAGGGAUCUCUCUUUCGUGGACGGCGUGCGUCGUGUCACGAAAGGAAGAGGCGUCGAUGUUGUCCUGAAUUCUCUUUCGGGAGAGGCACUUCGAGGAUCAUGGGAUCUGCUCGCACCGCUCGGUCGCUUUGUCGAGGUCGGCAAGAAAGAUGCACAGGCAAAUGCUCGCUUGGAGAUGAGACCGCUCCUCCGUGCGGCCUCGCUGACCUGUGUCGAUCUGGUGACUAUGAUGAAGAGUCGUCCAGACAUUGUAAAACGCCUACUGGACGACACGGUGGCCUUGUGGAGCGAGGGUGUGGUCAAGCCUGCCAGCCCGACGCUUGUGAAGCCAAUGUCGCAGCUGAUUGAAGGAUUUCAGACGCUUCAGACUGGUAAAGGCGUCGGGAAGAUGGUGUUCGUGCCGGAGCCGGAAGAUGUCAUGCCCAUUGUUCCAGCCAGGCCUGCACCGUUCCACCUUUUGGAAGACGCAACAUAUGUACUAGCUGGCGGCCUGGGUGGUCUCGGGCGAAGUAUCGCAAGCUGGAUGGCUGCCAGGGGAGCAAGAACCUUUGUCUUCUUGUCGAGCAGUGGGAAUAUCACUCCACCUGUGGCGAAGCUCAAGUGCGAUCUGGAAGCUGUCGGCUGCAAGAUGCAUGUGUUCAAGUGCGACGUUAGCGAUGAGGGCCGACUGAAAGAGGUGGUAGCAGAGUGUCAGGCCACUCUUCCUCCGGUCAAGGGCGUGAUCCAGGGCGCGAUGAAAUUGAGCGACUCAAUCUUCGAGAACAUGAAAUUUGAUGCGUUCCAAGCUGCAGUGAUGCCAAAAGUUGCCGGAUCGUUGAAUCUCCACAAACAUCUGCCCAAAGACAUGGACUUCUACGUCAUGCUCUCGUCCGCAACGGGAAUUCUCGGAAACAGAGGUCAAGCAAAUUAUGCAGCGGGCAACACAUUUCAGGACACGCUGGCACACCACCGGCGCAAAGAAGGGCUCCCGGCAACCAGUAUCGACGUCGGAGCUGUCAUGUCCGUGGGCUAUGUGGCUGAGAAUGUCGACCAAGCCGCCGAAGGCAAGGGAAGGACCAUUGCAAAUUUCGAGCUGGAGCGCAUUCGAGAAGAGGAUAUUCACGCCCUGGUGGAGUAUGCCAUGGGCUCAGAUUGUCCGGCUCAGCUCGUCACGGGAAUGAUUCCAAUGUCCGAGUAUCGCGCGCGAGGAGCACCGCCUCCAACAUUCAUGAGCUUCCCAUUGUUCACGCAUUUGAACAAUCUAGGGGCACUUGGGACGAGGGCUACCGAAGACGGCGGCGGAGUGCCAGUGGAGGCGCUAUUGAAUGCAGCGAAGACCUUGGAUGAGGCCGCAGACAUCAUCACUACGGCAGCGAGGGCCAAGUUGGCUUCGCUCCUCUCCAUUGCGGUGGAAGACGUUGAUCCGGAGAGAUCCGUGGGAGCGAAUGGAGUGGACUCGUUGGUGGCGAUUGAAUUUCGGGCGUUCUUGACGAAGGAGACUCGCUCGGAAACGCCGAUGCUCGAUAUCAUGGGGACGCUGAGCCUUACUGCGCUUUGCAGGAAGAUUGCGGCAAGCAGUAAGGCUGUUCAGGUGAAGGCGGAGGAUGAGCCGGCGGCGUGA